AUGUCUAAAACAAAAGAAGACUAUCUAAAUCAACUUAAAGGAUUACAAUAAGUCUAAGCCAUAAAAUAAGAAUUAAAACAUAAAUAUUUGCAAAUUUGCAGUAAAAAUUAUAAUGAUAGAGAAUUAAUCAUCGAUUGUAAUAAUUGCUAUUUUAUAAAGGCAUGUACAAUAAUUUGAAAAAUGAAGAGAGAUAACUCAAUGAUUUUGUCUUAAAAAUAGAUGCUCACGCUAAGUUUUAUGAGGGCACAAAGGAAUCCUUGAACAAGGAGGAAUAACAAGCAUAAUUAUUAUUCACAAAAAAAUUGGUGAAUGAAUGGAUGGAGUGGAAUGAGAGAUCUGUACAAAAAUAACAUUGAAUCUAGG